CGUGUCUCGUAGUGUGUGUGGGAAUCCCGAUUCCCAACUACCACCUACCUCUGGCUCUUUCUCUGUGUAUCCGGCCUCCAAUGGGAAUCCCAGCUACCGUUCUCCAACUACCCGCUUAUCGCCGUUUCUCGGCCGCUGCGGCGACACUUAUAAAAGCUGUUCCAAAUCGUUUUCAAUCAAUGCGCUUCAUUCUCUAAUCCCACUAAGAUCUCUAAGACUAGUACGUUCACCUACCCACUCAGCUCCUUUCCAUGGCAAAAAUGGCAGGGAAUGAGAUGAACACUGUAUCCAGAAGAGUGGCUUCUGUGGCCCAACACUUCAUUCCUGUUCAUUUGCCUUCCAAUGAAUCCGGCUCCCUUGGGUUAUCAAACACCUCCAAUAUAAACGACAGCUACCAUCGGGUACACGGCGAAGUUCCGACUCACCCGGCUGUCUGGAGAAUUGCCCGCGAUGACUCCGGCAAGGAAUACCAGUUCACCGACAUUAUCUACGAGAAGGCCGUCGGCGAGGGGAUCGCAAAGAUUACGAUCAAUAGGCCAGAGAGACGAAAUGCGUUCAGGCCGCUGACAAUAAAGGAGCUGAUUGUGGCGUUUAAUGAUGCUAGGGAUGAUAAUACUAUCGGAGCUAUCAUUUUUACCGGCAAGGGAACCCAGGCAUUCUGUAGUGGGGGUGACCAGGCUGUGAGAAAGGCAGAUGGUUAUGCUGAUUAUGACAAAUUUGGUCGUCUUAAUGUCUUAGAUUUGCAGGUGCAGAUCCGUCGUCUUCCUAAGCCAGUGAUUGCAAUGGUGGCUGGUUACGCUAUUGGAGGAGGACACAUAUUACACAUGGUCUGCGAUCUAACCAUUGCAGCAGAUAAUGCUGUGUUUGGUCAAACGGGUCCCAAGGUUGGAAGCUUUGACGCCGGUUAUGGAAGUUCCGUCAUGGCCCGUUUGAUUGGCCCUAAAAGAGCACGUGAAAUGUGGUUUUUGGCAAGGUUCUACACAGCUCCUGAAGCAGAGAAGAUGGGACUCGUUAACACUAUUGUGCCGCUAGAGAAAUUAGAGCAAGAAACAGUUAAAUGGUGUCGCGAGAUCGUAAGAAACAGCCCAACUGCAAUUCGGGUGCUGAAAUCAGCUCUUAACGCAAUUGAUGAUGGUCAUGCUGGGCUUCAGCAACUUGCUGGGGAUGCCACACUCUUGUUUUAUGGCUCUGAGGAAGGUAUUGCAGGAAAGACAGCAUACCUGGAACAUAGACGCCCUGAUUUCUCGAAAUUUCCGUGGAGACCUUGAGCUUCUAUAGUUUUUUUUUUUAUGGUAGUUUAAUUAGAGCCUCUUUCGGGUUGUGAGGGAGGAGAUUUGAAUAAUGCAGUGGAGUUGUAAUAUUUUGUUCUGUGAUGAGUUUGCAUGUUGUCAAUAAGGAGGUGAAGCUUCAUUCAAAUUAAAUGAAUAAGACUAUGGCAAGUAAUAAAAUUGCUAUUCUGGUUAUUGCUUAA